CAGAGGACGAGUUCAAUUUGCAACAAUUCAGCGUCGAUGCACAGAAAAAACACUCUCCCAAAGAGACGGAGUCGGUGACCGUUGUGUUGGAGUUUGAAAGGAACCCACUGGAUGGGUCGUUGCAAGUGAAACGACCUCCUCCACAGAAGGACGCGAUGAGUAAGGACGUAGCGGACGACUUGGUGGGUUUUUUAGCUGCUGUUGAACAGAAAUUUACAGACAUAGACAUUAGUAAUGCUGGUGUGACUGG